AUGUAUUCAGAAUGUGUUCAGCCUGUUGCAACCCCUCAGCUUAUGCAUAUAACCCGAAGCGCUCAUUGUCCAGCUUCGCUGAAUGUUGGCCACAAUAUCUCAACUUCUCUCGCCGAGAUGAGGAUGCAGAGCUUCAUGACUGAUACUGGCUAUCAGAUUGGACGUAAUGAGUAUCGGGAGACGUGUCUCUCCAGCGUCGCGGGCGGACAAGGCAGACAGACCACCCACCACUUGCACAGCAAAGUAAACAGCUUCAGACCACCGCACCACCGCACCACCGCACCACCUCCCAAAUCUGCCAGACUCGUCCGACACGGUAAUCAGAUCGACCGUCUUCAGAAACACAAAGCUCGAAAGAGCUGCGACACCGGUCAAUAUGGCGAUGAAUCUGGACCUCUCGAAUGGUAUGUAGUGGCAAUUGCUGUGCGACUGCACUUACUGACGGAUGUUGCUGCAGCUUCUGUCAUGAAGGACGAGCAAGGGCGGCCGUUCAUUAUCGUCAGAGACCAAGGCAAGAAGAAGCGCCAAUAUGGCAACGAAGCCGUCAAGUCACACAUCCUAGCCGCCCGAACCGUCGCGAACAUUGUCAAGACCUCUCUGGGCCCGCGAGGCCUCGACAAGAUCCUUAUUUCCCCCGAUGGCGACAUCACCGUGACGAACGACGGAGCCACCAUUCUACAACAGAUGGAGAUCUCAAACCCCGUCGCGAAGUUGCUAGUCGAGCUAUCCAAAUCACAAGACGACGAGAUUGGCGACGGCACAACUGGUGUGGUUGUCCUUGCUGGCGCGCUGUUGGAGCAGGCUGCCGAGCUCGUAGACAAGGGAAUCCACCCCAUUCGGAUAGCUGAUGGCUACGACCAAGCUUGUGAGAUUGCAGUAGCGGAGCUGGAUCGGAUAUCAGACACCAUCGAGUUCGGCAAGCAAGACACCAAGAACCUCGUCAAGGUGGCCCGGACAAGUUUGGGAAGCAAGAUUGUCUCCAAGGCGCACGACCAGUUCGCCAACAUCGCCGUGGAUGCCGUCCUGUCUGUUGCCGACCUGGAGCGAAAGGACGUCGAUUUCGAGUUGAUCAAGGUGGACGGCAAGGUCGGUGGUGCACUAGAGGACACAAUCCUGGUUAAGGGCGUCAUAGUUGACAAGGACUUUUCGCAUCCGCAAAUGCCAUCUGAAGUCAGGGAUGCCAAGAUCGCCAUUUUAACAUGCGCCUUCGAGCCGCCGAAGCCGAAGACCAAGCACAAGCUUGAUAUCUCAUCAGUCGAGGAGUACAAGAAGCUGCAGAGCUACGAGCGCGAAAAGUUCAUUGAGAUGAUCCAACAAAUCAAGGAUACGGGCGCGAACCUGGCCAUCUGCCAAUGGGGUUUCGACGACGAGGCAAACCACUUGUUGCUACAGAAUGGCCUGCCCGCCGUAAGAUGGGUGGGUGGUCCGGAGAUCGAGCUGAUUGCUAUUGCCACCAACGGCAGAAUAGUACCUCGAUUCGAGGACUUGAAGGCGGAGAAGCUCGGUUCUGCGGGAAUUGUAAGAGAAAUGUCCUUCGGUACUACGCGGGAGAAGAUGCUGGUCAUUGAGGAUUGCGCAAACACCAGAGCUGUCACCGUCUUUGUUCGAGGCAGCAACAAAAUGAUCAUCGACGAAGCUCGACGAUCACUACACGACGCCCUCUGCGUGGUACGGAACCUCGUCAGAGACAACCGUGUCGUCUACGGAGGUGGUGCCGCCGAAAUCGCCUGCUCGCUGGCCGUCGAAGACGCAGCCGUCAAGACGCCCGGUCUCGAGCAGUACGCGAUGCGUGCCUUCUCGGAGGCUCUCGACGCCGUGCCCAUGGCGCUGGCCGAGAACAGCGGCAUGAACCCCAUCGCGACCCUGGCCGAGGUCAAGUCGCAGCAGGUCAAGGCCGGCCCCGAGGGCCGCGGCAAGCUCGGUGUCGACUGCAUGAACAAGGGCAGCAACGACAUGAAGGAGGCCUUUGUCAUCGACCCCCUGAUCGGCAAGAAGCAGCAGCUUAUGCUGGCCACGCAACUGUGCCGCAUGGUCUUGAAGAUCAACAACGUCAUCGUGAGCGGGUCUGGCGAGAUGGACUUCUAG